AUGGAGAUCGAGCGGCACCCGAGCCGCAGGGUUGCGGCUGUGGGCGAGGAGGACGACGGCGACGUGGUGCUGGUGGAGCAGGUCCGGCUGACCGUGCCGACGACCGACGACCCGACGCUGCCCGUGUGGACGUUCCGCAUGUGGACCAUCGGCAUCGUCUCCUGCGCGCUCCUCUCCUUCUUCAACCAGUUCUUCGCCUACCGCACCGAGCCACUCAUCAUCAGCCAGAUCACCGUCCAGGUGGCGGCGCUGCCGGUCGGGCACUUCAUGGCGCGGGUGCUGCCGGAGACGAAGCGCUCGGCGUUGGGCAGAGACUGGACGAUGAACCCGGGGCCCUUCAACGUGAAGGAGCAUGUGCUGAUAUGCAUCUUCGCCAACGCCGGCACCGCGUUCGGCAACGGCGGCGCCUACGCCGUCGGCAUCAUCAACAUCAUCAAGGCGUUCUACAAGAGGAACAUCUCGUUCGUCGUCGGCCUGCUCCUCAUCAUGACCACUCAGGUGUUGGGGUACGGAUGGGCAGGGCUGAUGAGGAAGUACGUGGUGGAACCGGCGCAAAUGUGGUGGCCGCAGAGUCUUGUGCAGGUUUCUCUCCUCAGGGCGUUGCACGAGAAGGAGGAACGGCGGAUGACGCGGGGCAAGUUCUUCCUGAUCGCGCUCAUCUGCAGCUUCGCGUGGUACAUCGUCCCGGGCUACCUGUUCCCGAGCAUAAGUACGGUGUCGUGGGUGUGCUGGGCGUUCCCCAAGUCGGUCACCAUGCACCAGAUCGGCUCCGGCAUGAACGGCAUCGGCAUCGGCGCCUUCACGCUGGACUGGUCCGUCGUCGCCUCCUUCCUGCAGAGCCCGCUCGUGUCGCCCUUCUUCGCCAUCGUCAACGUCUUCGUCGGCUUCGUGCUCUUCAUCUACAUCAUACUGCCCGUGUGCUACUGGGCGUUCAACCUCUACAACGCCAGCACGUUCCCCAUCUUCUCCACCGACCUCUUCACAGGCGCCGGCCAGCUGUACAACAUCUCCGCCAUCGUCAACGACAGCUUCGAGAUCGACAUGGACGCCUACGCAAAGCAAGGGAAGAUCCACCUCAGCUUGCUGUUCGCCAUAUCGUACGGCCUCGGCUUCGCAUCCAUAGCCGCCACGCUGUCGCAUGUCGCCCUGUUCUACGGGAAGGAGAUAUACCAGAGGAUGCGAGAGUCAUACAAGGGCAAACCGGACGUGCACACGAGGAUGAUGAGGAAGUACGACGACAUACCCAACUGGUGGUUCUACUUGCUGCUCGUGGUGACCAUGGCCGUGGCGCUGGUGCUCUGCACGGCGUUCAAGAGCGAGGUGCAGCUGCCGUGGUGGGGGCUCCUCUUCGCCUGUGCCCUCGCCUUCUUCUUCACGCUCCCCAUCAGCAUCAUCACCGCCACCACAAACAUGACACCAGGGCUGAACGUCAUCACGGAGUACUGCAUGGGGCUGAUCUUGCCGGGGAAACCCAUAGCCAACGUGUGCUUCAAGGUCUACGGCUACAUGAGCAUGAACCAGUCCGUCUCCUUCCUCACCGACUUCAAGCUUGGCCACUACAUGAAGAUCCCGCCGAGAUCCAUGUUCCUAGUUCAGUUGAUCGGGACGCUCGUGGCGGGGACGGUGAACACGAUAGUGGCGUGGUGGCUGCUGACCACGGUGCCGCACAUCUGCGAGAAGGAGCUCCUCCCGGAGGGCAGCCCGUGGACGUGCCCCGGCGACCACGUCUUCUUCGACGCGUCCGUGAUCUGGGGCCUGGUCGGCCCGCGCCGCAUCUUCGGCCCGCUGGGCUACUACAACGCCCUCAACUGGUUCUUCCUCGGCGGGCUCAUCCUCCCAGCGGUCGUGUGGCUCCUGGCCAGGGCGCUGCCGGGGCACGCCUGUUGGAUCAGCCUCAUCAACCUGCCCGUCGUCCUGGGCGCCACGGCCAACAUGCCGCCGGCGUCGCCCAUCAACUACACGGCCUGGUGCUUCGUGGGCACCGUGUUCAACUUCUUCGUGUUCCGCUACCGCAAGGCGUGGUGGAAGCGCUACAACUACGUGCUGUCGGCGGCCAUGGACGCCGGCGUGGCCAUCAUGGGGGUCGUCAUCUACUUCGCGCUGUCGGGACACCCGCUCGACUGGUGGGGGUCCAGGGGCGAGCACUGCGACCUCGCCACCUGCCCCACGGCCAGGGGCGUGCUGGUGGACGGCUGCCCCGUCCUCUGA